AUGGUGUUCGCGCUGUCGCAGCGCAAGCGGGCCUACCUCAUACGCGACGUGGUGGACGAAAUGUCGCUCAACGGCAUGCGGCCAGACCGCUUCAUACUGCAGACGGGCCUGUUUUCUUGCAUGAAGAGCCGCAAGCUGGGCGAUGCCAUGUACUUUUUCGAGGAGAUGAAGCGGAGAGGCAUGCAGCCAGACAGCUCCGUGUACGGCACCGCCAUCAGCGCCUGCGGGCGUGCGGGGCAGCUGGCGCGGGCGGUGGAGCUGCGUGACGAGAUGGUGGCGAGAGGCAUGGGCAUGACGCUCAACAUACGCCUGGCGCUGCUGAACGCAUUUGCGGAGGCGGGGCGUCUGCAGCAGACGCGGGAGGCGCUGGCGGAGCUGCGCGCCGCGGGGCACGUGGGCAACGAGUUUGCGUAUGCGGGGCUGGCCAACUGCUUCCGCCACAUGUCGGAGGCGCUGCACCUGUACCAGGAGGUGCUGGACCAGGGUCUGGUGUGGGGCCCAGACAUCACAUACACCAUGCUCAAGGCGGGGCUGGACCUGCAGGCGGCAGGUGUGGAGGAUGCGAUGAUGGUGGCUCAUGCCGUGCUGGACACAUUCGACCGCCAGGGCCUGUUUGUGGAUGUGGAGCACGGCACCGAGGUGCUGAUGCUGGCUGUGCGGCGGGAUGUGGGGGACCUGUCGCUGGCGCACCGCAUCUUCGACAACAUGCGCAAGACGCACAGGGUGCCCAAGACCCCCACCAUGUUCAAGUACAUGCGGGCGCUGGCGCAGCGGGAGCCAGAGUCAACCGGGAGGCUGAUCGAGCUGUGCACCGCCAUUUGCUCCGACCCCGACCGCUCCGACCGCAUCAUGGUGAUGAAGCGGGAGGCGUACCGGCGGCGGGAGGUGCUGCAGGGAGCGCAGCGCGGGCGGCGCGGCGCCCGCCACAGCGGCUGA